AUGGAACUCGUGACGGCAUUGUCGAAAUGGGUACUCAAGGAGAACGGUGUGUUGCGCGUUAAGAAGGUUGAGCAUCAUCUAGCCGGCAGUAAAGAGGUCCCAAGAGAGUACACAAUCAUGGACGAAGUGGUUAAGCCGUUGGCCGAAUCAUCUCUCGCUCUUGCGUUUGGUCUUAGUAAACAAGGUCACAUUUCCCGAAUGUCGCUUCGACUCGGCUUUAAGCUGUCCGGAUCCUGUGUAUGGAGUUUACAAGUUCCUAGUUGA